AUGUUCAGCGAGGAGGCGGCGGACAAGACGCGCAAAUGCAAGUGUUGCCCUACACGGAUCUCAUUCAAGAAAAGCAGCACACGUUCAGGGGAGCGGCACUAUAAGUCGAAGCACAACGCGCAUUAUGCCAUUUGGAAGCGGAUGUAUGAGGGUGGCCUCGUCCCCUCUGAUGCUACAUUCCCUGAGGGCGGCUAUCCCGGGGUGCCCCACUCUGGCGAGGAAUGGCCAUAUGCGGAGGCGUACCCGAAUGUCCCCCCUGGGGUUCUUGUGGGAGGGGGUGUCGGCGGGGGGCAGGGGACGAUGGAUCAGUUUAUGGCGCCAAAGCUGGCGAAGGGGGAGCUGCGAGCCACCAUUGUGAAGUUUGUGGUGAUGACUGACAGCUCCUUCCUCGUCGUCGACAAUGAUGCGGGAAGGAUUUUUGAGAUCACUGUGCGCGUGCUUGCCUUAAACAAGCUCAUGGUUUAUGUUUUCAAGGAAAUGCUCACUGUGGCCAACCCUCUCUGUGGGAAGCCAAAUGUCAUUCCAUCGCGCUGGACGAUUGCCCGUGACGUGACGAGGUACGCCGACAUGGCACGGGCGUUGGCCAUGGCUGAGCUGGAGCUGGAGGAGGAGGAGGUCUUGCCAUUGUUCAGGAAUGUGUCCCCUAUGUGCAUGGGCAUGUGCAUGGGCAUGUGCAAGGCGGCAUGCCACUGUGUAUCACCUCAACGUUGCCAAGUGUUUGACCCUUACGUUCCAAACAGGUGCAUGGCGCAUGCCCUGAACCUUGCAGACCAGAAAGCGCUAGGGGUAGAGACGGUGAAGGAGGCCCUGCAGCGCAUACGCGACAUGGCCACAUUCGUUGGCCUCUCGCCUAAGCGCAUGGUGCGAUUCAGGAAGGAGCUGAAGGAUUCCUAUCCUUCAUUGUGUGACCUUAAGCUGGUGCUGGAUUGCGAGGUCCGCUGGGGGUCCACCUACGCCAUGGUGGCACGAGCUCUUCGUCUUCGUCGGCCUUUGAGCGCGCACGUCGCGAACGAGCAGGUUAGUGUCGCCU